ACCUGUGAGGUGUCGGCCCAUAAUAUUCUCUACUCCCCCUUCUUUUUUCACCGUAAAUCCAAAUUUCAGACUGUAUUUUCCAGCAAUGUCUGCUUGUCGAUACUUCUUUUCAUCAAAUUAUUCUUUCGGCAUUAAAUGCUUUCAAAGAAACAAACUAAUAAAAAUAACAACAAAUCUUCGAAAGCAAAUCGGCUCGUAUUACUCGACACGGGUACAGUCUUCUUAUUCGACUUUCUUCCAGUUUUCUGCGGCGGUAUGUGGCCUGACACGUUUUCCAUUGAAGUAAUUGGUCCGUUCGGAGUCGUAAUGAAAUCAAUAGGAUGCGCUAUUGAGUCUACUCUAGUUUCGACGCUUUUGAGAUUCGGAAAGCCGGAAAAACCGCAAAAAACAAGUGUCGUUGCGAUUGGACGGCUGAAAGUUUCCAAAUAG